GGCAUCCUGAUCUGUGAUCUAUAAUAAAGGUGGCAGGAUGAGAUCUCUUCAUCUGUUGUAGUUGCAGCAAGAGCAGAGGCAGGGCUCCAGCCUCCAGCAAUGGCCGAGAAGGGCGUGAAGGUGUUGGGGAUGUGGGCGAGCCCUAUGGUGAUCAGAGUGGAGUGGGCGCUCCGGCUGAAGGGCGUCGAGUACGAGUACGUCGACGAGGACCUCGCCAACAAGAGCGCCGACCUGCUCCGCUACAACCCGGUGACCAAGAAGGUGCCCGUGCUCGUCCACGACGGCAACCCCAUCGCGGAGUCCACCAUCAUCGUCGAGUACAUCGACGAGGCCUGGAAGGGCGGCUACCCCAUCAUGCCGGCCGACCCCUACGAGCGUGCCCAGGCGAGGUUCUGGGCCAGGUUCGCAGAAGAGAAGUGCAACGCUGCUCUGUACCCGAUCUUCACGGCGACCGGCGAGGCGCAGCGCAAGGCGGUGCAGGAGGCCCAGCAGUGCCUCAAGACCCUGGAGACGGCCUUGGAGGGGAAGAAGUUCUUCGGCGGCGACGCCGUGGGCUACCUCGACAUCGUCGUCGGCUGGUACGCGCACUGGCUCCCCGUCAUGGAGGAGGUGAUCGGCGCCGGCGUCGUCACCGACAAGGAGCUGCCGCUGAUGAAGGCCUGGUUCGACCGGUUCCUCGCCGUUGACGUGGUGAAGGCGGCGCUGCCCGACAGGGACAGGCUCCUCGCCGCCAACAAGGCCCGCCGUGACCAGCUCCUCUCCGCGUAGUAGAUGGCUAAUACUAAUUCUGGAGCAGCUAGCUUCACCAAUGCCAGCCGAGGUUUCGAUGACCUCUGUCUCUGUUCCAUUUCAGAAUUCAGAUUUCUUAUCGACAAAUAAACCCUCUCGGUGCUGUUAGUAUUGCAUCAUACAAUAUGGUAUGCCUACUUGCUCCCCACAAACCACAAUAUCUGGCGACUGAACACUUUGAAAAGGCGAAAGUUCUCAGUUGCCCGUACCCGUAUAUAUAUGACGGAUGACGCCCGCAUAUCUAAGACAAAACUAUUGUUUCUCUAUUUUUGCUACAAUUACUCUGCUCUAUGAGUUUGUGUUCUCAUGAAAAGAUGAUCAGUAGUUUGUUGUCA